UGAAGUACUAUGACUACUUCUAACGCAUAUUUUCUCAGAAAAUUCUACAUCCUUUCUUAUUCGGUCCAUCUGUCAAGUCCAUGUUAUUUUAUAUGCCUAACUUGCGCCACCAUGAAUAGUAAUCUUGCACAUUCAUUUUGUUUGCAUACAUUAUAUAAUGUGUAUAUAUACGUAAACAAAGUUACAUUGUUCUAGCUUACCAGAAAAGAAACCCCAUAAAUAAGAAAAACAAUAAUGGCUGAUGAUGAAAUAUUGCAACCACCUGGAUUUCGAUUUUAUCCAACUGAAGAAGAGUUAAUAUCAUUCUAUCUUCAUCAAAAGCUUCAAGGAGGAAGACAAGAUAUCGAUCGUGUUAUACCAUCUGUUUAUAUCUAUGAUUAUAAUCCAUGGGAUCUUCCAAAAUUAUCAGGAGAGGAAUGCAGGAGUGAUCCACAGCUGCAAGAAUGGUUCUUCUUCAUACCAAAACAGGAGAGAGAAGUUAACGGAGGACGGCCGAACCGCCUUACGACAACCGGCUACUGGAAAGCAACCGGCUCUCCAGGGUAUAUAUACUCUUCUUUUGAUAAUAAACCUAUUGGUGUAAAGAGGACCAUGGUUUUCUACCGUGGAAGAGCACGUAGUAGAUCAGGCACUAAGACUGAGUGGAAGAUGAAUGAGUAUAUGCCUGUUGAAGAUCAUCCUUCUUCAUUAACUAAUCCUGCUCCUUCACUAAAUGGCGACUUCACAGUAUGUCGAGUGUACAUAAAAUCAAAGUGUUUACGAGCAUUUGAUAGACGACCAGCUCCACAACCGAUAAAUAGACCUUCAUUAUUAGGUCAUCAUCAUGAAGUUGAUCUUGGUCAACCAAGUUCAUCUAAUCAACAUCAUCUAAAUCAAGCUCAACAACCCCCAAGAGUGGAGAUAAGAAGGUGCAGAUCAAGUGAGAGUUUUUCAUCAUUAGAGGAUAAUCAAGUUAUUAACAACAAUAAUGAUCCCAAUCAAGCAGCUAAUGACGAGCAAGACAAUAAUUUAGACAUGGAAAUUGAGCCACAAGGACCUCUUUGGGAAUGGGAUGAUUCUUGGAUAAAUUGGUACAUGAUUUGAAGGAAGACAUUGGUUCUCGUUUGAAGAUUGACAAAUAACUGCAUCACACUUUCUGGAUGAUAAGAAUGAUGUGCAUGGAUUCCUAACCUAAAUUUUAAUUGGCAAUAUUAACAAGCUUUGGCAAGAUUGUACGAAUAUUAAACUAUUAUUAAUCUAUAAUUUUAAUCUAAUAGGUGUUAGACUGAUUUUGAAACUAA